AGAAAUAGAGUCUUCUCCUAAAUCAUUAUCAUCUGUGUUAAAAGACAAAAAAACUACUGGUCUACCAAAAAAAAGAAAACAACGCAGACUCAUAGCUGAAGCAUGGCAUUAUUUUAAAAUAGAAGGAAAUUUCACAGUAUGCCAAGCGGAGAAAAAAGAACAAGUUACACUUGAACAAGUUCUAGAUAAUGUAAAACCGCAUGAAGAGAAUGUUGAAAUUGUUCGAUUUAAUCUGUUAUCAGCUCUUGAUAUAGAUGAAGAAAUUGGUUCAGAAGAAGAGGAUAAAGAUAGAGAAAUUGAUGAAUCUACAAUAAAAGUGUUGCGUAAUAUCACUGAUAUUU